GAAGCUAUAGGGAUUUUUGAAGACUUCAUCACCAGUACCCAAAACCUCGAAAAACCUUUUACCAAAGAAGAAAUCGAAAUAAUAAGAAAUUCCGUCUUUAAAGUGGCAGUCGCCUUGGAGGUAUUCGCACUUGAUUAUGGCAAACACCGAAUGAUUGGAGCGAAUUCUUCAGUAGAGAUAAACAGCCGAAAACUGGGUGAGUCAGUGCAUGAUCAUUUGUACCGAUUUGAAGUAAUCCAUUACUUGUUUAUCGACUGACACAAUGACAUAAUGGCUGAUUUGAUGAUUUAACUUUUUUUCACGGGACCUGCUGAUUGGUGCUGUAGCCAGAUCAAGCCGGUUAAUCCCUCCCAUUGACCAUUUAUUUUUAUCAAUCACAGUGAUUAUGGACAUUUUUUUCGGCGAUUAGAAUGUUCAAAAGCGUUAAAACCUCAACUUUCCGAUGUCGUGAUGAUCUAUAGAGGACUGUACUUUUUAGAAGAUUAUGUAAGGAAUACGUAGCUUUCAAACAAGUAAAAUUAUCAUAUUAGGAUUAUGACUUGCUUUCGGACCAACACGAAAAAUAUCUCUUGGAAAAUGUGUUACUCUUAAUUUCGUCUUUAUUUUUUUUGUCCAUCAGUGUUGGCUAUACAAAAAACCUACCGAAAAAAUGCUAGUGACUUUUAUCUUGGGAAACAAGAACUGCAAACAAGCCUGGAGGUUUCCUAUAAAAACUUUGCCAACAACGGUUUGUAUUGA